ACCCACUCCUACUAACAACAACCAACCAACAACCAACAACAACCACCAUGAACCAACAAGAACCACAACAACCACAACAACAACACAAGAUCGAAUACUUUGACCUCAACCAUCAUCACUUCAUCAACAACAACAACCAACAACAACAACAACAACAACAAAACAGCACCACCACCAUCUCAUUCCCAUCAACAGCAUCAACAGCAACAACUCAAACAACUGCAACAUCAGCAGCAACAUCAGCAUCAUCUUCUGCAUCAUCCACCGAUCAAACUCACCUCAUCCUAAUCGAACUAGAUCAAAGGUUUCAUGCAUUCAGAACUGCACUACUACAAGAACCAAGACAGAGAGUACAACUACUCAAGGAUGAACUCAUCUCAACUAUCGAUCAAGCAACAAUCAAAACUAACCCACCAACAACAACAACUCAACUCAACCACCACCACCACCAACAACAACAACCGAUCACUUACAUCGAACACAAGACUAACUUCCCACUCAAACUAGAGAGAAAAAGGUCCAGGCAGAGACUAGACAGCGAUCGGACCACCCACAACCCAAAAGCAGCCAGAUCAGAUGGGCCGAUCAACUCAUCAGCAGGAUUACUCUCCAGGCGCACCUCCCAGAUCGGCAUCACCUCAACACCUAACGGACUAACCGAAUUUGUUGGGAUCCCAGACUUACUCAGCCCUCCCAUCAAUACCAACACCACCACCACCAUCUACUCAGAUCAAUCAUCUACAACCAACAGCAAUCAAUCCUCUCAGUUCUCAACUCACCCCCCUCCUCCACAGUUUCAUUCACUACCUCUAUCUCAAGCCACCCGACAGUUGCCACCACCAAAAACGCCAGCCGAUUCACCCAAUCCUACCCAUCACCACCAACCCCUUCAUCUUCAUCAUCACCAUCCUCCAUCAAGCUGUUACUCAGCCUCCGCCACACCUCUCAUCUCCCCUCAUGAUCUCUCCCUCCCCCCUCAAAAUAGUGAAAACUCACUUCAAGCUAUCCUUAGCAACCCAAAACCUCAAACCCACCAGCCACCAUCCGAUCUGAGUCUUCCUCUGACUGAGCACCACGGUAACCUAACAGGUUCACAUGAAGCACAGGAUGGCGGAAAAUCAGACCCAUUACACCUUCAGUUAUCUGGCAUCAUACCAGAUCUGUCAUACCAACAACAGCUCACAGAUCAAAAGAUAAACAACCUCUCGGCCAACUCGACAGACCUUUCCGCCCUAAACUCACCCGAAUUAGUCGAAUCUGGCGAUCGAGAGCUCGAUCGUCUUCACAUGCUCCCCUCCGAUCGACCGGGUAAGUUCACCUUCACUCUGCCUUCCCAAUUGUCACCCCCGAUCAUCACAGAAAACACUCGUUUCGGACGAUCUCGUCCACUGGUCCGACGACACAGUAAAUCAUUCACCUCUCCCAGGAUCUUAGGAUCAGACCUUCAUUCUUGCUCUAGGAUAGUCACCGAACCUAACAACAGCAAGCUUCCACAGACCCCAUACACCUUCUCAUCCCCAUCCUUACUACCAGUCGGCGCGCGAAUCGACCUAUCAUCCCUACCCAGCCCAAUUUCCGGUUUACCAACAACCUCCACGAUAUCAUUGGAGCCCACUCAGGAUGAAAUCAUGCAGGACAGUAUGGCCACCGAUCAGAUGUCGAUCCAACCCGAAACUUUACCACCAUCCGAGCAGAUACCCAACCCGCUCACCGACCGUCCACAGACGGCCCGCUCGCGCGCGGCAACGAUGGAGUCCCAACGGCCAUCUAGCGGUGCGGAUUUCACGAUCGGAGACCCGGAUACCAGUCUAACGAUCGAGGACAUGGCGAUAGACAGUGUUGACCCGCCGACCCAUCCCGUGUUGGACCAUCCAUUACACUCACCCCCUUCGCCAUCCGCUAUGCCCCCACCCGGAUCAGACCCAUCCCUCCUCCUACCCUCCUCUUCGAUUCCCGGUCCCACCCAUUCCGAAGACCGUGCCCAGGUCCUCAUCCCCCCGACUAGAGUGCCCUCACCUCCUGUCAAUCGUCAGAUGGGCGCCGCUAGUGCCGGCGUCAGCUCCCAUCUCGCCGCUCAGUUCGAACCUAUCUUCACUCAAUGGUUGGGCAGAUUAUGCUCCGAUCUGGACAUGAAAGACUCGAAGGGAGAGCCGAUCCAUCAGACGCUGAUGGCACGCAAAAUGCAGAGACUCGAAGAGAGUGCCGAUUUCCGGCCGUUCAAGUUUCGGAUCCAAGCCUUCACUAACUCCUUCUUUGAGGAACUCGUCCGGAAUGGGUUCCAAGAGAAAGAUUUACCUAUGAAGAAGGUUCGACAGUAUCUUUGGUCUCAGUCUUGUAUCUCUCGGUUUAAUGAAGAGGGAAAGAAAGCCAAGUCAAAGGGAAACCACGUCUGGCAUAUCGAGGCGAAAAAGCUGAUGAAUGGCCAGUGGAGUUUCCUACAUUUCCAGCGUAAGAUCAUCGGCACUCCGUCACCGGAAGCCUACGCUGGGAUUAAAUGGACAUGGGCGGCAAAGGUCUGGGACCCGCAAUGCUCAGCACAAAAUAUCAAGGCUUCCUUCUCCUCGCCUGAGCUCCCUAAUUGGCUGUCUUGGAGAGGUAAUCUCUUGACUGGAGUCCCGACGGUUGAUCUCAUCGGCAGAUCGUAUCACAUCAUCGUCCGGGCUAUCACUAAUCAUAACUCCAAACCUUCUUCUCUCGACACGUCUUUUAACCUUUCCAUCAAAUCUCCUGAUGAAAUGGUUACGAGUCGAAAAAAUCGGAAACCUACUGAAGUUCUUGCCUCACAGUCCGACUCUACUUUACCUCAAAGUUCUUCCGAACAAAUCUCGCUCAACACUACCCCGAGUCAUUCUCCACCUGACCUUUCAGCUCUCAAUUCAUCCGCCCUCGAACCGGCUCCACCAACUGGUAUGAUAAUAUCAGAAGGAAAUCGAUCGACCAGUUACAGUCAAGUUCCCGCUCUCUCCCGAACAGAUUCUAGCGAGAGUGUUCCGAUCAGUUCGCCAUCACUAGAGGAUCCGCCCAGGUUGGGUCAAGCCGCUGGGUUCGAUGGGAUCCUGACCGAGAAUAGUCUGAUGCAUGACUUCCGAGCUGGAGCUCUGAAAGAGGACGAAAGUCUCGAGUUCGAUUCUGCUCAUGCAGCUGACGUCUUAAAUGGGAUGAUGGGCGGCACACCGGCGGCGACGACGACGACGACAACAACGACGACGACGACUGCUUCGACAUCGGAGGCUGUAGUCGAGGCGUUCGGCCAAUUAUCUGAGAACAACUCUCUUCAAGCUGGCUCGCUGGUCGUCCCUAAAUCUCAAUCAAUCGACUUAUCUUCUUCGUUGUCGUCGGCUCAUCCACUGGCACUCCAUCUCGAUCAGCAAAUCGGAUUGAGAGCUGCUCCAACGGACCAACAAGCGAGAAAUCUCAUGGGCGCUGGUGAAGGACAACUGACGAGUGGGAUGAUGAUGAUUGCUUCGAACGGCGGGAUGGUGGUGACGAGCGAGUUGGAGGCGGAUGGCUCCUCCGGUGGCGGGCCGACAACUCGUGGCGACACGUUAGAGAGUAGCGGGUUGACUGAGGCAGUGGGGCUGCUGGAUCGGAUGAUGAGUCCGGCUCAACUGAUGGCACCCACGAUGGGCGGCACGAAUGAGAUGGAGACUACGACGGGCGGCAGCGAGCUCGUGGUUGGCCUGUCGAGUGGAGCGGAGAUGUGUGUGCCGCCCGCAUCCAGCGAGCUCUCGACUAGGAUGAUCCUCGACCAACCCGUCCAAAUCCUCGACGCCGUCGUCCAUCAUCAUCAUCAACAACAGCAACAGCAACAGGCCGUCGCGCUACAUCAGGCGCGACUCCAAACCGUCCGCGAGAACCUCAUGUCUUCGGACGCUUUUAUCUCCGAUUCUGCCGGCAACCUUAUCCGUACUGCGAUCGUCUCUAAUGACCCCGUCGCUCGUCAAUUCGCGGCUGAUGUGCUGGCACCCAUGACUUCCAACAACUCGUCCUCUUCUACUUCGUCUUCCACUACUACCAAUGUCCUUACAGAUCCCUCGAAUGCUACGUCUACGCUCCCUUCAUCCACUGCAACUAAUACACAACCACUAGCAACUUCUUCAUCGACGGCUUCGACGACUGCAACGACUCAUGUUGGUGGCUCUACGUCUUCUGUCCCUCCUCCUUUAGCCUCCGAUCUUCGGCCCUCCUCUCAAGCCCACAAUCAUCCCGGACUACAGGGCCUUCAUCCUCAUCCUCCUCUCCAGCCAUUACUCCUGCUGCCUCUUAACCCUCCUCCUCUUCCUCCUAGUACCUCUUCUUCUUCUUCUUCUACUGUGACUAUUAUGAAUACUGAUCCUAUUCCUGUCCCGACACCCUUUUCCGAUCCUUCUCUCACUCAUCAGCUUGCUUCUAAUCCUUCUUCUUCUCAUCCUUCGAUCGUUCGAUUGCCUCUUCAAUAACUUUUUUUUUGGUUUCUCUUUUCUCUCUUAGGACACUCUUUCUCCAUCUUCCUACUUUUAUAUAUAUGUGUGUGUGUAACGUUUUUUUUUUUUUUUCUUUUACGCUUUUUCGGCCGAUUAUCAAUUCAUAUCAUCCUCGACAACGACAACCAUCUUGUUCGUGAUGAUGCGAUUGAUGAUCGGAACGAUGGCAACAACGACAUUGGUUUGGCCGGCCAGAUCGUCGUUUCUUCUUUCCAUCCUUGAACAACAAUGUCGCCUCGUCUACUGCUACUCAAUAGCAUUGGUUACCUGUUGCUUAUUCUCUUUUUUUUUCGUCCAUUUAUACAUGCAACACUUCCUCUCUCUCUGCCUCUCUCUUUUUUCUUAUAAACACACACAUAUACUUCCUCUAUCUCUUAUAUAUAUUUAUGUAGGUAGCUUCUCGGUUGAUCGAUUGUCUCUCUUUCUCUUUCUCUUUCUUUCUCUCUCUCUCUCUCUCUCUGAUCAUUUAUCUAUUUAUAUUACUUGUUGGUGUUGUUGUUGUUUAGUACUUACAUUUUUUCUUUUCUUGUUCAAUCGAGUGAUGAUGAUGAUCUUCUAGAACUAUGUAGUACAUACAUAAAAGAAACAAAAAAAAGAGAGAAGAAAAACAAAAACUCGACGAGAAGUUUGUAUGCAUCUCUCCAUUCCACUCCAAACACGUCUAUGUACUGUUCGCUCUCACUACAUACUCUCCUCUCUUUUUUGAUCAUCCCGUCUCGUCCGUCUGAUCACCAUCUUCUGAUCACCUCUCUCUUGUUCGUCUUGUUCCUUGCUGUGCUGUUUCUUUCUAGGGAGGGCCUCAUCUCCUCUUUCCUGCCCCUCUCUCCUCCGAAAUCCUCUCUUUCUUCUCGCUCAGAUCUCUCUUUCUCGUCCAUCUUUCUCUCCUCUCUCUCUCUCUUUCUCUCCACAACCUCUUGUUUAUUUUUUUUUCUUCAAAACUCCUCCCCCCCCCCCCCAAAAA